AGACGACGAUGUAGGAAGACUGGAAGAGAGAGAACCACACCAAAAUCAAAUUGCUCCCUUGAAGAAAAAAUGUUAAAUUUCAUGAGAAAAAAUAAAUGAAGUAAAUAUAUUUUCCAUUAUUAUUAGAUUUAGAUCUAAAAAUAGAAAAAAAAUUAUUUUAAAAAUGAGGAUUCGAAAAAAUGCAAGGUUGAUAACACCGGCAUCUUCGUCGUCGUCGUCGUCAUUUCUGGUUUGUCAACUCAAUCGCUCUCCAUGGGAUGUUGAUUCUUUCAACCUCCAGGGUGAAUGGAAUGGUCUGAAUAAUGGUGAAAUUAUUCAAUCUUCAAAUAGUUUUCCGGAGUCUAUGGAAUUAUCGUUUGAAUACGUCGAGAAAUCGCUUCCACCACCAUUAUCACCGUCACAAUCGCCGCCAAAACUCGAAGAACAAAUCGGAAGUCGAAAAGAAUUUCAACACAUACAUCACCUGCUAAAACUGCCGCCUCUUUGUAGUUCGCCUCCGAAGAAACGAGGACGGCCGAAAAAGCAACCCGAAACAACACCAACAAUGAGUCCGUAUUCGUUUUACGAUUAUUCCGGGUUCGGGCCACAGUGUAAUUGGACAGAUGAGGGACGACAAAGAAAUAAUUCUCAAAAAUCUCCAUAUUCAUCUUCUUCAUCUAAUUGCAAAGAUAAGGAGAAGGAGAUAGAUUAUAUUGAAGAUGAAUUUGAUGAAGAUGAAGAUGAUAGGUUUGGUGGGAAAAGAUUUCGUAAGCCGGUAAAAGCCAGGUCAUUGAAAUCGUUAAUGUGAUUGUAUUGUAUUUGUGUUUCAUCAACAUAAUCAUGGAACUAAUUAAUUUGUAGCUUUUUUUUUUUUUUUUUUUUGUAAUUUCUCCAUCCC